AUGGCGCACCUUCCUAUCCUUCAAUUUGAAGAGAAAAUCGUAGAAACAGUGGAAAAUAACCCAGUGGUAGUAAUAAUUGGAGAGACUGGUUCAGGAAAAAGCACUCAGCUUUCUCAAAUUCUUCACCGAAGAGGUUUCACAAAGUCCGGAACAAUUGCCGUCACUCAGCCCCGCCGUGUCGCUGCGGUUUCAGUCUCUAGGCGUGUCGCGCAGGAACUUGGUGUUAGGCUUGGGGAAGAAGUGGGUUAUGCCAUACGAUUUGAAGAUAGAACCUCAGAGAAGACACUUAUUAAAUACCUCACUGAUGGAGUUCUCCUUCGCGAAAGUCUUUCUAAUCCGGAGUUGAAUCAGUAUUCAGUCAUCAUAUUGGAUGAGGCUCAUGAGAGGAGCUUAAACACGGAUAUAUUGCUGGGACUGAUGAAACGGUUGAUUAAAUUACGUGCCUCCAAUUUAAAGGUUCUGAUUACUUCGGCUACUCUUGAUGGCGAAAAAGUAUCAAGGUUCUUUUCUAAUUGCCCAAUCCUCAAUGUACCCGGGAAGUUAUUCCCUGUGGAGAUAUUACAUAGCUCAGAAAGACCCAAAAGUUAUAUUGAAGCUGCUUUAAAGAUGGCCGUUGAUAUACAUGCUCGAGAACCAGAAGGUGAUGUCCUAAUUUUUAUGACAGGACAGGAUGAUAUAGAGAAAAUGGUAUCCAAAUUGGAAGAGAGAAUCCAAAACCUUGAGGAAGGAUCUUGUCUGGAUGCUAUAAUCCUUCCUCUUCAUGGAUCUUUGGCCCCUGAAAUGCAGGUCCGUGUUUUCAGUCCUCCACCUCCCAACUGUCGGCGAUUUAUCGUUUCUACAAACAUUGCCGAGACUUCUUUGACUGUUGAUGGUGUGGUGUAUGUAAUUGAUUCUGGUUAUGUGAAGCAACGGCAAUACAACCCAUCAACUGGCAUGUACUCCCUUGACGUAGUUCAAAUUAGCAAGGUACAGGCUAAUCAGCGAGCAGGAAGAGCUGGAAGAACACGUCCUGGGAGGUGUUACCGUUUGUACCCUUCUAUGGUUUACGAGGACGAUUUCUUGGAUGCUACGAUCCCUGAAAUACAGAGAUCUUCUCUUGCGGGAAGUGUCCUAUACUUAAAAUCGUUGAACCUCCCAGACAUCAAUAUUCUUAAAUUUGAUUUUCUCGACCCUCCUUCCUCUGAGUCAUUAGAAGAUGCUUUGAAGCAGUUGUAUCUUAUUGACGCUAUUAAUGUUGAUGGUUCAGUUACAAGUCUUGGACGAAUCAUGGCUGAACUUCCACUGGAACCUUCGCUUUCUAGGACCUUAUUAGAGGCAAAUGAGUGUGGCUGCUUAUCUCAAGCUUUGACAGUUGCUGCUAUGUUGUCUGCAGAAACUACAUUGCUUUUAGGUCGAAGCAAGAGCACUGAAAAGAAGAGGAAGAACCCUCCGUCAUCAGACCUUCCUGAUGGUUCGGGCUGGGGUGACCACAUCCAAUUGCUGCAAAUCUAUGAGAUCUGGCAUCAAACUGACUACAAUAUAGAUUGGUGCAAAGAUAACUAUUUGCAGGUGAGGGGGAUGAUGUUUGUCAAAGAUGUCAGGAAACAGUUGGCUCAAAUAAUGCAGAAGAUUGCUAAAGGAUCUCUGGAUGUCAAAACAAGUAAGAGAUGGAAAGAAGGCCAGGAUUAUAGGGCUUUGAGAAAAGCUCUGUGUUCAGGGUAUGCAAAUCAGCUUGCAGAGCGAAUGAUUCGCCAUAAUGGCUAUCGAACUGUAGGUUUUAAAUCACAAGUAGUUCAGGUCCAUCCAUCGUCAGUAUUGAAACCAGAUGAAGAGGGAAUGCUCCCAAAUUAUGUUGUAUAUCAUGAACUUAUUGCUACUUCACGGCCAUAUAUGCGCAAUGUAUGCGCGGUUGAGAUGGCAUGGGUCACGCCAAUCCUAUCAAAACUUGAUAAUUUAAAUGUCAGUAAACUCAGUGGUGGAACCAGUCUGUCUCAUGAACAGACUCAAGUAGAGAACUCAAACUUGCCAAAUGAAGAUUCACUUGCCACUCAGCCUUCUGAUGAUCACAACGAGAGGAUACUAGCUGCUCGGGAGCGUUUUCUUGCUCGUAAAGCCAAGAAAUAG